UGUGCAGGGACAAAGAGAACCUGGUAUUGAGUCUCAGUCAGUGCUGGUCAUGACCACAGCUCCAUGCCGAUAGCUACGAGAAGGGAGCAGACCGAGUGAGGAGCCGUCAAGGGACACAGGAUGGUGAGGUGUUGGAAACAUUCAGACAGCCGUUUGGAGGAAGCACAGUGCACGGAUGGGGGCUCUGCUGCGUCCUCCCAGUCCCACUUUCCACACAAGGCAUUCUGGGUCAGCCUCUCAGCCUCUCUGCUCCUGGUCAUCAUUGCUCUCGGUUUGACGGGGCACCUAGGGCUGUCUCAACCUCACUCUCAGUCUUCGCAGACUGUAAGAAUCAUAGUUCCAGACCAGACUGGAGUUCUGAUCAACCAGUCAGCCGUCGUGGACCAUCAGAACGACCUGGUGACCUUUUCUGUGACCUCACCGGCCAAUCAGACGUCCACCGUGCUCUUCGAUACCAAACAUGGUUUGAUAUGUUACAAACCUGUGAACGAGGAGAGCUGCUUCCUGCGAAAGAUGGACAGGUCUGACUAUGACAACGUGCACUCCCUCCUCCACGAGUCAACACGCGAGCAGAGUCAGUUCCAGCUGUCUGGGAAUGAGACCCGAAGGCAGACAGAGUUCCUGGAAGUGCUGGCAGCCAGUCAGGUGGAUGUAGCCACGCUGGAGGAGCCUCUCCAAGCUCUGUGUCAGGACAGGUCCGUCCACUGGACCAGGAGGGCUGAGGGCCCAGGCAAACAGAGGCUGGUCUACUUCUGCAUCGACAUCUGCUUUCCCAGCAACAUCUGCGUGUCUGUGUGCUUCUACUACCUGCCAGAGUGACUGUGUAUUCUCUUGCUCUCCUCCCAGCAAAAGAUCAGGGAAACAAAGUUGUCUUUUUAGCUCCCUCUACAAGAAAGAAAAAAAAAAAAAGAAAAAAAAGAACAAAAGCCAGCUUUGACUGUUUCCUUCGUGCCAUACAGCCGCCAGUAAAGCAGCCAACCCUCCCAGUCCAUUUCCAUGCUUCCGAGACAGAAGAGAUGGAGACAGGCUGUCACGGUUAUUGCCAAAGCCCCGUCGUCACUCUCUUCAUGUGUAAUACCCUCUCUGGUGGCACACCUCAGAGAUUACAGAAGAAAGAUCCCCUUUUUUUGUACGUGCUGAUAAUUGUAUUUCCUGUAACCCACUGCUGCAGUGUAAUUAUGUGUAACCGUUUCUGUUGCAAUGAGUGUUUUCAUCUGCCCAAUAAAAGACUGUUUAUUGAAUUUUUGAGCCACUGUUUCUUGAUUAGACUGAAAAAAGAAUGACAAUAAAUAUGGUACACUAUAACAAAAAAAGGGUUGAAACGGAUCUCCUAUUGU